CACUGAUUAAAAUGGCUGCUAGUAAUUAUUACGGAUACACACAUGGAGCCGUUGCACCGCAGUACAGUAUUCAGCAGCCUCCUGCUUACUCCCAACCAACCACUGCUAGCUACUGCAUCCAACCGGCUCCUGCUGUAGCCCAGACGGCCUCGUACGCUCCUGCUCCUGCUCCUGCCGCUGCCACUGCACACAAUCCUCAGCCGCCGGUGUCUCAGACGUACCAGCCGUAUCAAACUCAGAUGGCUCUGGAUUACCGUUAUGGACAGCAGCAGGAAACACCAGCUCAGCCCACCACCACCCCUCAGAACUAUCAGGAGAACUACAGCUAUGGAAGGGCGAUGUCAGUCGGCAGUUAUGAUAACAAGCAGUACUAUCAGACGAGCAUCGCUCCUGCUCAGCACACGUCAACAGGACCGUACUUUCAGCAAGAUGUUAAAAGUGAAUACAUGCCGGUAAACGCAGUGUACAGCCAGACGCCUAGACAAGACACGCCCGUCAAAGCCCCGCUUCCUGCCAGCUCCAUGUCUACCAGCUACAACACCUACCCUAUUUCCACCAGUGUACAGCAACCAUCCAACCCCUCCACCUACACGCCUAGUUCAUCCUACAACUCUACACCCGCUACGUCAUACUCUGGACACAGCUACUCCACUUACGAACCCAGCAGCUACACGUCCACUCAGGCGUAUUAUCAACCAGCUCAGCAUCUGUGCCCCCAGCAGAGCCAGAAUCAUCUCCACGCUCCCUCCCAUCAUACCCCGAGUACCUCGCAUCAGCCCCAGAACCCUUCCCGUCAGUUCCAAGGUCCUUCCCAUCAGCCCCACCCUUCCCAGCAGCCAGCCCAGGUACCUGCUAAGCAGUUCACCAGUUCGUCGUGGAGCAACUCGAAGAGCAACCCGGUCACCAGUGCAGCCGGCGGUACGUACAAGACGCCGACGUUUUACCAGCCUAAAGCGCCGAAGCCCAAAGGUCCUCCGAAACAGCCUCAGCUGCACUACUGCGACAUCUGCAGGAUCAGCUGCGCCGGUCCACAGACCUACCGAGAGCACCUUGAGGGUCAGAAGCACAAGAAGAAGGAGGCAGCGCAGAAGUCCGGCGCUCAGACCGCUAACGGGCCGCAUAACGCUCAAACUCAGCUCUGCUGUGAGCUCUGCGACAUCUCCUGCACCGGGUCAGACGCCUACAAAGCGCACAUCCGUGGAGCCAAGCACCUGAAGGUGGUGAAGCUGCACACAAAACUCGGCAAACCGAUACCGUCAACCGAGCCGGUUCUGGUCAACUCUGCCCCUGUUUCCACAACGACCCCCCUGGCAAAAACUCAGGCUUCUGCUGGAGCUCCUGCAGCGCCGCAGAAACCCGCCGUCUCGAACCCUGUUAAAGCCCAGGCUCCAGUUAAACAACCUGCUGCUCAAAAAACGACAGUUGUCGCUGCUUCUCCAGAGCCGGUGAAGAACGAGCAGGUGAUGAAGUCUGAUCCUCAGAGUGAUGGUGAAGGGGACGGAUGUGGCUCUCAGUCAGACAUCCAACCUGUCGGGAACGAUUACGUAGAGGAGAUACGCAACGAAGACGGCAAACUGGUCCGUUUCCACUGCAAGCUGUGCGAGUGCAGCUUUAAUGACCCCAAUGCCAAAGACAUGCACUUAAAGGGCAGGAGGCACCGACUUCAGUACAAGAAAAAAGUCAACCCGGAGCUGGUGGUGGAAAUCAAGCCGAACAACCGGGCACGGAAGCUUUUGGACUCCAGACUGACGAAGCAGAAGGUGCAGACGAGACAUCACGAGGACGAGCAGCACUGGCACAUCGAGAUGAGGAGAUAUGAGGAGGACCUGUACUGGAGGAGGGCAGAGGAGGAGCAGAUGUACUGGGAUGAGCGGCGCAGAAUGGCACCCCCGUCACCCGCCGGUCAUCCUGGCAUGGCAGUGCCCCCUCUACUGCCGGCGGUUCGCAGGCCGGAUUCACCGGACGACCGGCACAUCAUGGCUAAGCACGCCGCCAUCUACCCGGCGGACGGCGAACUUGAAGCUGUGCAGCGGAUCGUCUCGCACGUAGAGAAAGCCCUGAAAAAAGUGUCGGACGUGCUGCAGACGCAGGAGGGGAAAGAUUCAGCCAAUAACAAGGUGGACCAGGGUCGGAUGCUGAAGGGAGUGAUGAGAGUGGGGAUCCUGGCUAAAGGCCUCCUGCUACGUGGAGACAGAAACAUUCAGCUCAUCCUGCUCACUGAUCAGAAACCCACCGUGUCCUUGCUGAACGACAUUGUCCAACUUCUGCCCAAACAACUGAACUCUUCUGAAGAUCAGUAUCUGGUGCGGGCUCAGCCUGAGGAAGCCAGCAUCGUCAUUCUUUCCAGCACGGAUCCAAAAAUGCAGGUGACCGUCUGUCUCACUUCGCCGGUGAUGCGGGAGGAGCCCGGCACGGAGGAAAAGGCGGGCAACAGGCCGCCUGAGAAAGUGCCUGAGGAAGAUCUUGGAGACGUUCUUAAACGGAAAAAGUGCCUUGAGUAUUUGGCUGCUCUGCGCCAUGCGAAAUGGUUUCAGGCUCGUGCGAAUGGUCUCCAGUCCUGUGUGAUCGUCAUCCGUGUGCUCAGAGACCUCGGUCAGCGCAUACCGACCUGGAGCGAGAUGUCUGACUGGGUGAUGGAGCUGCUGGUGGAGAAAGCGAUCAGUAGUGCCGCUACCGCACUGAGUCCAGGAGAGGCCAUGAGGAGAGUGCUGGAAUGUGUAGCUAGUGGAGUCAUACUGGAAGACGGUCCAGGGCUGUUGGACCCCUGCGAAAAAGGUCAAACUGAUGCACUGGAGGGAAUGACCAAGCAAGCCAGAGAAGAUAUAACAGAAUCCGCUCAGUACGCGCUGAGAUUACUGGCCUUCCGUCAGAUCCAUAAACUCCUGGGCUUGGACUCGCCGCCAGCCUCCAAGAUCGGCGCCCGCAGCCGCAAACGCCGGAGAGACGGAGCGGACGAGGGCGAAGGCGAGGGCAAGAAGGACAAGAAGCACUUCUGAAACGCUGGAGAAACACUAAACAUCAGAGAGAAUCUCGAUCAUAACUCGAAACGUUGAAAUAUUACAGAGAAUGACUACGUCUACUCUAGACAUUUAGCUGUUUUGAUAAGAGCUAACCAAUGAGGAAGUUUUGUUUCCCUUUUUUGUCUUUUUUUAUUAGAGUCGUACUGAAAAUAGACGUUUAAAGUUUACGUGUUGAAAUCGGACUGCGUUCUGUUUACAGAUUAGCAAAAAAAAAAAAAAAAGUGACUGAACAGUCUGAAAUAAUGUGACUCGGCACCGUCACGCCGAGGCAGGUUUAUUUAACAUAGCACUUACAACAAAGAGAAGCUUCACGCUCGUCCACAGAGGCCAGUUUUAUUAUUUUCAUUUUUUAUAGCGUUUACACAGGACCCAAAACGUAACAAACCACUUUGUUUCAUUUCAAUUCCUUCAUUAGUGAAAUCGUGCAGGAAAAUAAUCGAAUUCUCACAACAUACUACUGCAAACAGACUCUAGAGAGAUAAAUGUAUAUAUUUAUAUUCUUUGAUUUAAUCUUAUGAAUAAAUAGAUUAUUGUACUAAAUAUCCUGUGAGAAUUUAUAAAAACUAAUAGUGGAGUAAUAUAAGUAAGACGCGUUCUCACAAAGAGACAAAUAUAUUUCAUUCAUUCAUCUUCGGUGUCUGGUUCAGGUCAGGGUUGACUUGGAGACACAGAGUACCUGGAGAGACUUACAGUUACAGAAAGAACAUGCCAAAUUCCACAUAAGAUAACAAGCUGGUUUGUGGAACUGUGUAGCACCAAUAAUAUUUGUCAGGUCAGGUUGUACCUUAAAUCUGGACAGCUUGGUGACGGUUCCAGAGCCCACGUACCUGCAAGGCUAUUGAUGGUCCAGUCUUUGCGGUCUGGUACGAAUCUCCUUUUCGAACACCCUAGGAGGAGAGUGCAAAUCUAAGAAACUAAGCUAACAAACAAGGUGGGUUGGUGUCGGGGUAUCGGUGAAGAUGGGACUGUCAAGGCAAAGAUGGGCAAAGAUUUUUGGGGAAGAGAUUUUUAUUAUCAUUCAGUGAUCUAAUUCCUGAAGUAAAAGGUGUGGCAGCAUCAUGGACGACCCCGGAUACCGUAAUGAUCUGAAGAUGAAUGAAUGAAUUUAGAGAUUUCAGUAAUUUUUUUAUUAUUUGUUUAUUUACUAUGAAUGUUUAAGUUAGUAACGCUGUAGAAUUGUGACUGCGACUGAGGACAUUUGUAUCCGUCGGUGUCCGAGCAUUUCAUUCUUAAUUUCAACAGUAGGAAACAGAAACAGACUUGUACUUGUACUGUAAUAUAUGUUCUAUUUUUGUUUGUUUUAAUCAAUUUGUUGUUUGUUUGAUUUCUUUUUCUGUACGUUCAGGCUUGAUCGUGCUGAUUUUUAUUAGGUGUUUGGACUUUGAAAGCAGUACAGCAGGAAGGAAUGAUAGAACGAAAGUAAUUCUGGAAUAAAUUCAUCAGUCUUGCACAUAUGAAACGAACACUUGAAGUAUCGGUCAGUGUUUAAUCACAGGACUCUUAAAUCUGGGUACUUUUCGACACCAGUGAGCAAACCCCACUAGAAUGGAAUGAGGCUCUGACAACAAUAACCACUCUCAUUAGUUAGGAGGACGUCUUGCCUUAUGUUGUACUUGAAGUCUGAUGUUUCCAAGGCAUUCUUGAUGCAUUUCAGUGAUUCUACUCCAUAGGAAUGUGGCUUUCUACCAUCUACCACUAACAGUAGGUCAUUCAACACUGGACUCAAGCCAGUCUUGCAGGCCACACUUCUUCUUUAUUAUGUAGUAGUUAUUGGCCUGGGGUACAUAAGAGUCUCAGUGGGCGUAAGAUGACUGGACGUGGUACGUCUCGGCUCUGGCAGUUACGCGAGUGUCUCAUAGGGAGUGUAAUGGUCUGCAGUUUUCACAGAAUGUGGACCAGGGAUGCCAAGGCAAUUUCUUAAGGAAUAUGAAUUUGGAGACCUGGAAUAGGAAAUUGGAAUAUGAAUUAAAACCUUCAGCACUGAGGUUCUCAACCCUUGGAGCAGCACAGAAAGAGCACUAGUAGGCGAGGAAACCACAAAGAACUUAAGUUAAAUUCUACUCAGUCCUGGUGCUCAAGUGGCACGGUAAAACACGCUUGCCCAGCUACACUAAACUCUCCGGCUACCAGGCGACUACACAGACAUGAUCGGCCUGUCUGGGGGAGGGAGCGCUGCAGGGAUUCCUGCUGCAAUUACGACCUCUGCUGGCUGGUUGUGGUGCUGCACAUAGACUGAAUAAUGGAGAGCAGUGCGUGACUCUCUGUACACUAUAGUGAUCCCUGUGUGAAACCACACGUUUGAGGGGGUGUUGGGUAUGGCCCUCCUGGAUCAGAGUCAAGGUCAGCAGCAGUGGAUACGAGUAGAUUGGGAGAUAAGAGGAAAAAUACAAAAAUAGAAUAAAGCUCCAAAUCAUUUGAAUUGUAUCGAAUGCAAAUUCGUAAUAUUAAAUAAAAAUGAUGCAGUUGGGAGUUUUGUGCAGUUCACUGGGUGUUUUGCCGGAAAGUUUAGUGCGAUUUCUUGUUUUCCUUAGGGAAUAUUUUUGAGUGCAAUGUAAUGCAGGGUUCAAGUGUUUGUGUGGUGGAGUUAUGAUGCGUCUUAGAUCUUUAAAUCAUUUGUUGUUUCUCUUCUUUUACAUUGGAUUUAUUGUUAUUAUAAAGUCAGUUAUUGAGUGGUGAGUUGUUCCUUUAAUUUUAAAAGGACCGAUUAUAGGAAACUUGAACUGUGCGGAACGUUCUGGGUGAAGAUGUUCUUUGUUUCAUACUGUGACAACAUGCAAUACUCAUCAGUCUGUUAAUCGGAACAUUAAAGUCGAUACCUUUUCUUUCUUGAAAUUGCUCUGUAUAAUGGCAGAAUGUUUAAAAACGUCUGGUUUUGGAGUUGUAUAUAGCAGUGUGAAUUUUUUUGGAAUAUAAAAAAGUCUUUGUAGUGCUGCUUCAAAUGAUGUAUUAAACU